GCAUGGCAGUUGAGGGUAUGAAAAUGCCGUUCUCAGCAAUUGCGUAUGGUUGCCGCUAUUGUACGCCUUUAAAGCACCAUCUCUUUAACAUCACUCCCCGUCGACGUCUACCUCUGCCGCCUCUCCCCGCUGCCACUCCCCGAUCUUCUUGUAAACUCCCAAACCCUAACAUCUGCACGGGACACUCUCUGUUUCGCCGCAUGGAGGGUUAUAAUUGGGUUUUAUUUGAGGGCUUGUGGAGGUUCUUUUCUAGAAUUGGAAGAAUUUGCCUAGUGGAUGAAUGCUAUGAAAGACCCAAUUCCAUUAGCCGAAGGGUCGGUUAAUCUUGGUAAAUUGGGAACGACUUAAAUCAGAAAGCAGAAGAACUGCAUGAUCAAUUCAGUGAUGGGUCAGACAAUAGGGAAAAAAAGAAAAGAAAGCCACCAUCUCAGCAGAGAUUCCACAGAGGAACAUCAGACUUCAUGUCCCAAGUAUGGCUGUGAAGUGACUUUGCAGGCUGAAACUCAUAGGAGAUUUUGGGCUGGAAGUGGCAUCAAUAAGAAUAAGGCAAUGGUUGAGCAUUUGCAGCACUAUGGUGUGAUCAGAUCAAAGAAGGUGGCAGAAGUGAUGGAGACCAUAGAUAGGGCUUUGUUUGUACCUGAUGGGACCUCACCCUACAUCGACAGCCCCAUGCCAAUAGGCUACAAUGCCACUAUUUCUGCACCUCAUAUGCAUGCAACAUGUCUUGAAUUAUUGGAGGAAAAUUUGAAGCCUGGGAUGCAUGCUCUAGAUGUUGGUUCAGUUAAUUCUGCAGGAACGGGAUAUUUGACAGCAUGCUUUGCGCUGAUGGUUGGGCCAGAAGGUCAUGCAGUUGGCGUGGAACACAUUCCUGAGUUGGUUGAUUCUUCUGUUGAAAAUAUUCAGAAAAGUGCAGCUGCUACAUUGCUCAAGGAAGGUUCUCUAUCCGUUCAUGUUGGAGAUGGAAGGUUGGGAUGGCCAGAGUUUGCGCCUUACGACACCAUCCACGUUGGAGCAGCGGCCCCAGAAAUUCCACCAGCCCUGAUAGAGCAGUUGAAGCCCGGGGGCAGGAUGGUGAUUCCAGUUGGGAACAUAUUCCAGGACUUGAAGGUGGUUGACAAGAAUCCAGACGGUUCAGUGAGUAUUCGGAGUGAGACUUCCGUGCGCUAUGUUCCCCUGACAAGCCGAGAAGCUCAGUUGCGCGGCUAGCGGCGAUGAGACGGGUAUCUGGAAGCUCUAAUCCUAAUGAUGAAUCAUCAUCCAGGUAAAUAUAGAAGGAAACGCAGUGUGGGUGUGGGUGUGGGUGUGGGUGUGUGUGUGUGUGUUUGGCUUGUGGGGUCAGGUGAAUGAAUCCGGAUCCCAUCUCAUGGCUUCUUCCCUUCUCUCGCCUGGGUAGACGUCUUUUUGUCUAUAGGAAAUGUUAUUUUGUACAGACGAAACAACACUAAUACUGCAUGUGCUUCCUGGAAUAAUUGGCAAGUAUAUCCUGGUUUCUAGUUGCACCUAUUUCACCUUGAAA